AUGAACAACGAGUACGAUUAUUUGUUUAAAUUAUUGUUGAUUGGAGAUUCCGGGGUUGGUAAAUCUUGUUUGUUAUUGAGAUUUGCUGAUGACACGUACACCCCUGACUAUAUUUCCACCAUUGGUGUUGAUUUCAAAAUUAGAACAAUUGAGCUAGACGGUAAGACUAUCAAGUUACAAAUAUGGGAUACGGCAGGACAAGAACGUUUUAGAACAAUUACCUCUUCCUAUUAUCGAGGUGCCCACGGUAUAAUCAUUGUAUACGAUGUCACAGACCAAGAAAGUUUUAAUAACGUGAAACAAUGGUUACAAGAGAUUGAUCGUUAUGCAACAGGUGGUGUAAUGAAGUUGUUGGUGGGAAACAAGGCUGAUUUGUCAGACAAGAAGAUUGUGGAGUACACUGCUGCCAAGGAGUUUGCUGAUGCUUUAGAUAUCCCGUUUUUGGAAACUUCUGCAUUGAGCUCAACCAAUGUCGAACAAGCCUUCUACACUAUGGCUAGACAGAUCAAGGCACAAAUGGCCAGCAACUCCAAUGUAGGUAACGCUGCUGGUAACAAGGGUAAAUCCAAUGUCAAUUUGAGAGGUGAAUCAUUAACUUCAAACCAAUCCAAUUCAUGUUGUUAG